AUGAGUGUGAGUGCAGCCAGUAGCGUGCUAAACGAACCAUUCAAUGGGCCAUCAGCUUGCUUCGGCUUUCGCUUUGGGCAUCCUGCAUCUUCAAAAGUGCAAGAAAAUACGAAUUUAUCGGACGCACCCGAGAGCAAGGAAAUUGACAACUUAUUGGCCUCUGCCAUGAAUGGUCUCACGUUCGAAGAACGUCAAAGACAUCUUGAGAUUGUCCAUGGUGUAUCCACAGGAAUUGAGGGAAUUGAGGAAAACGAUGAGACGACUAGUGGUGCCACUUUGGAAUUGCUGAGACACUUAGAGAAACUGAAGGCCGGAACCGCGUACGAAACUGCGGAGAGAUUGGAAUCUUCCUUUGUCAACGACCGAAAAUUCCAACUCAUGUUUCUGAGAGGAAAUGAAUACAAUACAAAGGCUGCAGCAGAUCAAGUAAUUCGGUUUUUGGAGAUGAAGCAGCGUCUGUUUGGAAAAGAGAAACUGACAAAGCAGAUCACCCUGAAAGACUUGGAUGAAGACGAUAGAGACUUUCUCAAGACAGGAACCAUCCAAUUGAUCGGGAAAGAUCGGAUGGGCCGCGUCAUAUGGUUUCAACUGCCUAGUUUGCGCAAAUUCAAAUCUAUCGAAAACGAACUCCGAGCUCGGUUUUACAUGGCAACGAUUCUAUUGAAAUCAGAAGAGGUUCAGAAAAAGGGCAUCGUAACAGUGACCUAUGCGAUUGGAGAAUUUCGCGAUAGUGUGCAGGGGGAAGGAUAUGUGGAUGUUGUCAAGCUGAUGAUGGCGAUUCCCUUUUAUCAUGCUAGCUUUCAUAAUUGCGUCGGCACACAUCUGGAGAAAAUACUCGGAAAGGCUGCUUUGGCGGUCAUCCCCGCAUCUCUUCGGUCUCGUGUUCGCAUCCAAUUUGGUUCCCAUCUAGAGACUCAAUACACUCUUUCGACCUAUGGUAUUUCCCCCACACUAUUCCCAAUCACGCCACUGUCCAAUAAAGUAAGACUUGAUCAUCAUUUGCAAUGGUACGAAGCGGCGUUGGUCAGAGAAACGGAUGAUGUCAUGGACACUUCUUCCAUGGAUGCUUCCACCAUCAGCACCACAGCCAUUACUAACGAUCCAGGUAGUAAUGCUUUGGUGAUCAUGGCAUCAGAUGUCAAGCCAUACGAUGUUUUAUAUGACUAUGGACGAACCGUCAAGCACGAAGGGAAUGAACUGGUCCGGGCUUUGAUCCGCGAACAGUCCGUCGCCUAUGAUGCAGGUAGUAACAUGGGGAAGCGAGAAGUGAUUGAAGACGUCAUUCGAAACGUCGAAGACAAAGGAGGACGAUUCUUGAAAAUGGAUGAGGCUUCUGGCGGAUAUAUAGAACUGACGAAGAACCGAAUCCGGUCCAAGGUAUCCCAGAUGUUUCGUAACUAUCGACGACCCAGAGGAAACACGGGACUUCGUAUUGCUGAAAAUCAUCACGAGACAAGUCGUGGUGGUGGUCAACAAAUAGGAGGUGAGUUAUCCAUAUUGCCAUUGAUUGAUAGCCCAGGCCCAGACGAUGUAGUUCUUGGUCGAAUUGGCAAGGGAAAGGGAAACGACACGAUGCUACUAUUGGUCAAGAAGUAUGGUGACCAAUAUGAUGGAGCCACACGAGGUGAGAAAUCACGCAUUGCGGGUUCCAUCGUUCAACAGAUCAAGAGUGAAGGUGGUCGAUUCGUCCAACCAUUGGAAGAAGGGGGGUGGGAAGAGAUACCGAAUGAGGUUGCAAGAUCCAAGGUAGCGAAAUGUUUUCGAAACAGUCGGCGGACCAAGAAUAAGAGUACUCUCCCAUGA